AUGCAAGAUCUCCGCGCUCUCGUGCUCACGCACCCCCCGCCGCUCGACCCGGCCUGGCUGGCACACGAAGAGGCCGUGGGUCUCCGGAACCCCAAACCGGCACUCUCGGUGACCGAACGCCAGCCCCUGUACGCGGCCGAAAGCCGGGCCCGGAACGCGGCCAUGAUGGCGGCGGGGGCGCGGGACCACGACCUGGCCCAGGGUGUGCGCGUGACCCGCCUGACGGUGGCGUCUGCCGUGGACGGGUACGCGAUCCCGGUGCUACGGUACGACGCGCUCGCGGGGGACGAAGGAGAGGCGGCUGGAGAUCAGGAGGGCGGCGAGGUACAGUCCAGGCAGCGGCAGGAGGACGGAGAGAGGACGGAGGCCAGCAGUCCCGGGGACAUGGAGGAUGGGCAAACGGGAUCCCAGAACGCACAGCAGGGAGACGACGUGGUGCUCGUCUACAUCCACGGCGGCGGCCUGCAGGUCGGCGAGGCCGACAGCGAGGAGCUGACGUGCCGGCGCCUGGUCAAGCACUUCCCCUUCCCCCUCACGGCCUCGACACAGAGCAGCAACAAUAAGAAUACCAGGAGUUGCACACGCGUACGGCUCUACUCCAUCGGCUACCGCCUCAUGCCGCAGGUGCCAGCAGAGACGUGCGUCGCGGACAGCGAGUCGGCAUUCGCCUGGGUGCGAUCGACGCACCCGUCGGCGCGGGUGGUGCUCGUGGGGUCGUCGAGCGGCGGCGAGCUGGCGGCGCUGGUGUCGCAGUCGCAGCCGCCGGGGUGCGUGGCGGGCGUGCUGCUGCGGUGCCCGGUGACGGCGGACGCGCCGGACCACGUGCCCGCGCGGUUGCGGGCGUGGCACACCAGCGCGGGGGCGGCGUUCGCCACGGCGCUGCUGGGGCCGUUCCGGCGGGAGAGGCCCCGCGACGGGCUGGCGCGCAUGCCGCUCGAGUGCCCCGUGGACGAGCUCCGGGCGCGGCGGCUGCCGCGGACCUGGGUCCAGGUCUGCACCAACGACGUGCUGUUCUCGGACGGCCUGUGCUAUGCCCAGGCGCUGCGGGAUGCCGGGGUCGAGGUCAGGAUGGACGUUGUGAGCGGGUGGCCGCACACGUUCUGGCUCAAGGCUCCUCAUCUGGAGAGGGCGCUGCAGGCGGACGAGGAGAUGCUGAGAGGGUUGAGAUGGGUCCUGGAGGGUGACGUCGGGAUGGCCUAG